AUGUAUGGCGUCCGUGAGAGAAGGGUGAAUGAUGAAUUAAACGGCUGGGAGUCGAGUAUUUGCACCACCCAAGAGAAACAGUUUGUGCUAGUCUCCAUACGUGGUAGGUACGCGGAAUCACGUGCAGGGCCCCCUGGUGGGCCGCUCGACGGCGUUCGCCUUACGCCCCCGACACUGUUACUCUGGAUUGACUUUGUAGUUCACAUGGACUCUAUAGUCCAACCUCAAACUCAAUGCGAGGCAUCAAACCAGUUGGCUAGGUAG